AUGCUGGGAGCUGCGGGUUCAGAGACGGUGGUGAAGGAGGCCUUUGCCCGCUUCGACCGGCACUACAAGGCCAUUGUAGAGAACGCCACGGGUGAUGCCCACAAGCCCGAAGACGUUAUUCCCGCUGACCUGCGCGUCGCCAUCUACUCCACUGUCAUCAGGCACGGCGGGGAGGAAGAAUUUAACCGCCUCCUAUGCCUGGUCCUUCUGCGCAUACUACUUACUGCUGUGCGGCUGCUAGUGGUGCUCGAGAGUGGGUCUCUAAUGGCGGAACUGGGCGCGUGCGUCCCGUAA